CUUUCAGCUGACACGAAGUCGAAGAUCCUAGGACAAAGAAACCACUUCAAAAGGAGCAUCAGCCCGUUGAUUGAGCACAUCUCUAGCAUUAGUUGCUCAUUCACGCAUAGGUUUCCGCAAUUGCCAACUGGAAGUUGCUUUUAUCUGUUUGAAACCUCCUGUCCGGGGAUCUGACUUCCAAACAGAUUUGCAAGAGUACGAAGACAGUGCACCCCUGUCCUUGUUGAAUUACCUGUACGUUGGACGUAAAAGCAAAGGCAAAAAUGAGCGAAACCGAGGCUAAGAAGGGCACGGUGGUCCUGGCAUACAGCGGUGGCUUGGACACCAGCUGUAUCUUGGUGUGGCUGAUGGAACAAGGGUAUGACGUUAUAUGCUUUACGGCUGACGUUGGCCAAGGGGAUGACCUGGAGGAAGCCAAAGAGAAGGCUGCUAAGCUAGGCGCUAAGAAGACAUACAUUGAGGACAUGCGAAGUGAGUUUGUGACGGAGUUCGUCUGGCCAGCCAUUCAAGCGAAUGCGCUGUAUGAAGACCGCUAUCAGAUGGGCACAGCGUUUGCACGUCCGUGCAUAGCGCGUCGUCUUGCCACCAUUGCCAAGCAAGAGGGCGCUCAAUUCAUCUCGCACGGUGCCACUGGAAAGGGCAAUGAUCAAAUUCGUUUUGAACUAACCGUGUACGCAAUGUACCCGGAUGCCAAGAUGAUUGCACCGUGGCGACUGCCGGAGUUCUUCAAUCGUUUCCAUGGUCGCCGCGAUCUGUUUGAGUAUGCAAAGCAAAAGGGAAUUCCCCUUCCAGUGACGGUAGACAAGCCAUGGAGCAUGGAUGCUAACCUCAUGCAUGUCAGCUAUGAAGCCGGUAUCCUUGAAGACCCAAUGCAUCCUGCACCGAAAGACAUUUACAAGAUGACAACUGAUCCGAAAGAUGCACCAGCAGAGCCGGAGGAGCUUGACAUCGAGUUCAAAAAUGGUAUCCCGGUGCGGGUAACUAACCUGGCUGACAAGACUGUCAAGGAAGAAGCACUGGAGUUGUUUCUCUACUUGAACGAAGUCGGUGGUCGUCAUGGUGUUGGUCGCAUUGAUAUUGUGGAAAACCGUUUCAUCGGGAUGAAGUCACGUGGUAUUUAUGAGACGCCCGCUGGUUACAUUCUCCUGCAAGCACAUUUGGACAUUGAGACCUUUACCAUGGACAAGGAAUUGCGUAAGGUCAAGCAAGGCCUAUCAAUUCGUUUCUCGGAGCAGGUCUAUCACGGUUUCUGGUUUGCGCCGGAGUGUGAGUUUACCCGAUCUUGUAUUAUCAACAGUCAGUCAUCAGUGACUGGUACAGUACGACUUGCACUCUAUCGUGGACAGGUGUAUAUCCGUGCCAGGCAGUCUCCAUUAUCUUUAUAUAACCAGGAGUUGGUCAGCAUGGACAUUGCUGGCGGCUACGACCCCAGUGACGCUGAAGGAUUCAUUCGUAUCAAUGCCUUGCGGCUGAAGGAAUACUACCGUCUUCGCACUGCACAGUCUCUGCUGGAGAAGGCCUCGUCGUGAGCACUGCAACUUCACAGACAAGCAUGCCCUGGUCAGCCCAGUUAUGUUCUUUAGUUUCAGCAUUUCAGGUGGCCUUGUUUUGGACAAUUUCUCCAUGCUCCCGCCGGACAUCCGUAAUACCGUAGUACUUAAUGCCAUACCUGUGGGACCCCGCCCGCAGCCUAUUUAUACUUGCCCAUCCUGCAUACAGUAUUGCUGCUGUCCCAUGUUACGUAUUAGACUUCUACCGUGCUGCUUUGCAUUCGACUUCUUCUCGUUUUUUUCCACGUGGCUUUGCUCCAGGUAGGCAGCCCUGUGGAAACUUGUAUGCAACAUUACUCCUCUACUUUUUCGUUGGUAUCCUAUUUUCUAUCGUUUCUAGUCCUAGUUGGGGAUGUGCGGUUGGCAUUUAGUUUUUAGUUUUUCUUUUCGCUGCUCGUAUCUUCUUCGGUGCAUGGCUCUUUGGCACAUGCCCUCACUCCA